AUAUUGCAAUUCUCUUUCCCUUCACGUCAAACUUUUUCCCCUUUUGCAACUUCUUUUUUGCAACUCCCCCAUCGAGCAUCCACCUCCACGUUUGUCGUUUGACUUUCCUUUUCCCAACUCGCACACGCGCAAAAGUGAAGCGGCAAAGUUAACAAGCUGCGAAACUGCCCACCGAGGAAGCCACCCCGCCCAGCCGGAAUUCCACUCAUUCCACUCAUUCCAUUUUCUUCCCUUCCCUCUGCUUUCUUUUUUUCUUCCUUUUUCUUCCCUUCCCCCUGCUUUCUUUUUUUUUUUCCUUUUCUGGCCCCCCGUUAAACGAUGGAAGGCGAAAUGCAGAGGCACAUCAAGCUGACGAAGGCACAGACGACCCCAGUGGUGCUGGUCGUAGGAGACCCCGGUCGCGUUGACAAGGUGAAGGUGCUGUGUGACUCUUACGUAGAUUUGGCAUACAACCGAGAGUAUAAAAGUGUUGAGUGUACCUACAAGGGGCAGAAGUUCCUCUGCGUGAGCCACGGAGUGGGUUCAGCCGGGUGUGCAAUCUGCUUCGAAGAGCUGAUGAAUAACGGAGCAAAGGUAAUCAUUCGAGCGGGUUCCUGUGGCUCUCUACAACCAACUCAAAUGAAGAGAGGAGACAUCUGCAUAUGUAAUGCUGCCGUACGGGAGGACAGAGUGUCUCACCUUAUGAUCUAUUCCGAUUUCCCAGCGGUGGCAGAUUAUGAGGUGUAUGCCACGCUGAACCAAGUUGCAGAAGAAUUAAAGGUGCCCGUUUUCAAUGGAAUUAGCUUAUCAUCAGAUAUGUAUUACCCUCACAAGAUCAUCCCAACCAGACUGGAAGAUUAUUCUAAGGCGAAUGUCGCGGUGGUCGAAAUGGAAGUAGCCACGCUGAUGGUCAUGGGUACUCUUCGAAAGGUUAAAACGGGUGGCAUCUUCAUCGUCGAUGGGUGCCCCCUCAAGUGGGAUGAAGGUGACUUCGAUAAUAACCUCGUUCCGGAGAGGCUGGAAAAUAUGAUUAAAAUAUCCCUGGAGACUUGUGCCCGAUUGGCGAAGAAGUACUAG